AAGACGUCGUUUGCGAAGCUUCACUAGGUAGUUAACGGUAAGAAUAAUCCACAAUAAAUUAAGCUGGUGUACCUAUCUUUGAUAUUCAUAAGCUGUAAGCUUUAUAUCUGUUUUCAUACUUUUAGUCAUCUACUCAUUUCGAGAUUGUAUGACUAUGUGCUUUUAUUAUGACGCAGCUCGAUGCCUAUGAAGUAUCAAGGGGAAACGUGGCGGUUUCACUGCUAUGUCAGAUUCUAGUGGUGGCGUAGGAUUGAUGAAGAUACUAGCAUGUUACACUCAAAAUCAGCUACAUUUCGAGCAUUUCUGAUAUUCCAAUUUUUUUCUCCGUGGUUCCAAUCACUUACAUCACUUACAUCGCUUAAGGAAGAAAUAAUAAUCGUAUUAAUCACUCUCACCACUACGCUAAAAUGAGCCAAACCAACCUCCCAACUUGUUAUUUUCCUGAUAGGUCGAUUGACACGCUCAGCGUACCUUGCAAUAAUACCGCGCAAGAGCUUGGUGGUGCGAGUUCGUGUUGCCGUCCUAACGAUGCUUGCUAUGAUAGUGGUGCUUGUUUCCAGGACUGGUCGGGAGUUAUGUAUAGGCAAAGUUGCACAGACCCGACCUUUAGAGACCCAGCUUGCCCUAAAAUGUGUCUAGGAGACGGUAUGCUCAAAGAUGGAGUAUGGAUCUUAACGUGCGAUAUGGCGGCCGGGAAAGCCUGCUGUUUAACUAAUGAUACCUCAUGUUGCGGAAGCGAGAGUUCGUGGUUUGAUUUUAAACCAGGAUAUAUAAAGGCAGUCUUGAAUGGUGACGGAUCGAAUCGUCUAGGUCCUUAUAUAAGCGCUGGAGAAAGUCACUCACUGACAUCAGUCACUACAUCAACAUCUCAGACCUCUGCUAUAUCUACCGAGAAAACGAAUAGUGUUAUAAGUCCAUCAAUCGCGGCGAAUCAAUCAAGCGACCCAUCACCGAGCCCGAGCUUUUCUACGGCGGCAAUAGGGGCCACUGCAAGUCUAGGGGCGCUCCUAGUCAUUAGCAUAACGGCGCUUAUAUUCAUAUAUCUAAGGAGGUCUAAACGAGACAAGCAAGGCUUUGCAGAAAGUCCUCAGAUGCAAUCAACCUUCGUUGCAUCAUCUACAACGCAAGGGCAGCCGCAAGUACCAUUUAAUGGUCAGUCCGGUAUAAGUUCGAUGAAUAAUACGUCGAUUGAAAGGGCCUGGCCGAUAGCGGGUGAGCUACCUGGUGAUAUAAACCAUUAUGAGUUAGAGUCUUCGAAUGAACCUCGGGUAGGGUAUAAGAUAUGAAACUCUACCGAAGUAGGAGGUCUAUACAGAAUGGGAAUUGUAAUGCCACGCAUAGUGUUACCAGAUGAAUUAGGUCCCGACGAGAGAGCCUGGAAUUUCUGGAACAUGAUGUUACUGUAAUGUGCGAAUAAUGACGCUGUCCGUUCUUUUUAGGGCAGCAUGCAUGUCAAAUCUGGGAACGGGCGGACAUUGGCCUGCCCUUCACUGAUACCUGACUUCCGGCGGGGUUAUAUAUUGGGUAACUGACAAAAAGAAGUCUGCUUAGCCGCGUCGUGCGAGCUGAACGUGUUGUGCGACAUGGAGAAUCUUGGUAGUUAGAUGAGAUUGGGUAUGGAGGCAGGUAAAUGGGUGUGGUACUGUAUAGAUGUAGUAUGCAUGCAUAAGGACAUCAAAAGGCGGUCUGUAUGUAUUAAUCAAUAUUGAUAUCAA